AUGGAGCAGCACUGGGAAGAACACCGUGAAUUUUUGAAGACUUUUGCAGCAUCAAUUAAUCCAAACGAUCCAUUGCCAGUUCGUGUAUCCAGCUAUAAUUUGACGGAGGAUGAAAUUGAUGGUGAAAUAAUUCACUGGGCUCUGCAAUACUUAUCCAGCAGAAAUUGUCCAUCGACUCUGCUCAAUCCAAUAGUCCGAGCCGUUAUUGAGAGAAUUAAGCAGCAAUGCCAGAAAUCGCCAGAUGUCUGUGGCUAUAAUCCCGAAAAGAAAUUUUAUCAACCAAUUAAGUUGAUGAGAUCAGUCACUGCGAUGGUGGAUGAGGUGUGUCUGAAGGCGCUGGAUAACGCAGCAUUGGAUUUGAUGAUGCCACGGAUAAAUCCAUCGAAACUACCACCAAAAUAUGAGGCUUAUGCUGUGAAGAAUGGUCGGAGGAUUAUGGAGGAUCGUCAUGUGGUGAUAGAUGAUUUCAAUGGGUUGUUUGAUGUUAAAGUCAAUGAAUCACAGAGAACGGGCUUUUAUGCUAUUUUUGAUGGACAUGGUGGGCUCGAUGCAGCAGCCUACAGUGUUUCCCAUCUUCACUACCAUCUCUCUGACAGUGUUUACUAUCCCAAUUCACCGGCUGAGGCAAUUAAGGAUGCUUUUGUUCGCACAGAUAAAACUUUCAUCCAAAAGAAUGAGUAUAGAACACUAAAAGGUGGUACAACAGCCCUAUGUGUUCUCCAUCGGCCGGAGGAGAGGUGUCUAUAUGUGGGCUGGGUUGGAGAUACUCAGGCACUUUUAGUUAAAAAUCGAAAAGUUUUCCAAACUGUUAAACCCCAUAAGGCCGAUGAUGAGUCUGAGCAGAGGAGAAUCGCUAGACAAGGUGGUGCUUGUAUAAUGUUUAAUGGCGUUUGGCGUGUUAAUGGACAGUUAGCAAUCACACGAGCCAUCGGUGACGUCGACUAUAAACCCUAUGUGACGAGUGAACCGGAAAUAAUGUCCAUUCCAUUGGAUGGCGAUGAGGACUUUCUAAUAAUGGCUAGUGAUGGCCUGUGGGAUCAUGUGAAGGAGGAUGAUGCUGCUAUAACUGUAUACAACAUGGCAGCGCAAAAAGCUACAGAUAAUUCACCGUGCAUCUCAAAGUAUUUGGUGGAGAAGGCCAAGGCGGACGGUUCAACUGAUAAUAUUACCAUCAUCAUCGUCUUCCUCAAGGAUCCGGCGAUUAUAGGGAAGUCUGUGGCUGAUUGGGCACAGCAGCAAGUGGCCAUGGAAACUGAGUAUGCAACCAACAAUGAACCAAUGUAUGCAACUGAUCAGAUUAUCUCAGCUACGGGCGGUGGGACUCUGGGAUCGGCGGAGGAGGAGGAAGAUAGUUUGAAUAAUUUGGUGAAAACUGCAUCAGCACCAAUUGGAAGUGAUGGUGUGACGACGGGUGACUUGCUCGGGGAUGAAAAUAAUUUCUAUUGUGAUACAAAUCUGAAUGGAUCUGGUGUCAAUAUCGUGCCGGAAAUUCAUCAGUCGGCAACGGGAAAACGUUCAGCUGUGGAUAGUAAUGAUGAAGAAUGUGAUUUGGGACCAGAAACAGAUGUUGAUGCUGGUGAUGAGAUUAUGUUGAGUCCAGAGGAGGAGUCCAGUGUAGCGGCGGCUAAGGAGGAGAAGCAAUUUGAGCCAAAAGAAAUUGAUGCCAGUGAAGAAACAUCCGAAGAUUACAAUCCAUUCAUCACACACUCCAAUGAGGAGCAAUUUGAGUUGCGUCAGGAGAAUUUAUUGAAAUAUCCAUCAGAUGAAUUCAGUGUACCAACCUCAGGAGAAGACUUACCGCCAAUGCAGCACAAUCCCUUUGACAUUCCAGUGCAUGAGAAAGAACAGAAUCCCUUCCAUUUGGAUGGAUCAAAUUCUGAAAUUCCUCAAGAAAUUGCUCAGGUUGAUACGGAAAAUCCCAUAGAAAGUACAGUAGAAUCCACAGAAAGUGACUAUCUCAACCAAAAUGUUGACGUAACGGAUGAUUGUGAGACAAUUAGAAAUGUUCCAGAAUUGGGCGAACAAUUGCCGGAAGUGACCAAUGAUGAGAUUUCUCUCUUUGGCAAGAACCUCGAAAGUCUUCAGGCAUUUAGUGAGUCAAUACCAAUUCAAGGUGAGCAACAUCAUGAUGCCACUCCGGAAAUUCUGGAUGAUAACAUUGAAGCAGAGGCAGUUGAGAUGAAGCAGGAAAUUCAGCAGGAUACCGUACAAGAUUUACCUGCGGAACAGCCACAAAAUGUUUCUGAUCACCCUCCACAGGACCACCUGGAAGAUGUCAAUUUUGAGAUCACCUCGGAACAGAAAUCUGAAUGUGCGGUGGCGGAAUUACCAAGUGACACAGCAGCAGUGACCGAAAGUGCAGGAAUAGUUGAAAGUGAAGAAGAAUCUGACGAAGAGUGGAAUUAUAUUAAGGGAGAGCAGCAGAAGGAGCUGAAAGUGAAGGAAUCUCACGCAAUUUCACAAGCAAUUGCUGAGUCUCAAGAGGCUUGUUCAGAUCUUGUUAACGAGGACGCUUUGUCCGAGAGGGAGCCAGAACUUGUGGAUUUGGAGAAGAAGGAAGAGAGUGAAGAUACAAUGGCAUCAAAAUUGAAUCCUGAUGCACAGGAAUUUAUUCCAUCAUCUCCAGUUAAUUCAAUUGGUGGCUUUAAGGAGAACAAUCACCAUUUGAAUCUUUUGGAGAAGGAUGAGAUUUUAGCACAGAGUCCGCGGAAGGUUGGAAGUAGUUCUGAUAAUCCACUCUUUGAUCUUCCGGAUAUGGAUCAAUUUAAUAAAGAAAUCUCAAAGUGUCCCCAUGAAUUUGAUGGUGUUUAUUUACCUCAGUCACCAACAAAUUACCAGGAGAUCAAUCUCAAGGAAGCAAUGCAUGGGGAUGAGAAGAAGGAUGAGAGUGUUGAGGAUACAUCGGAAAAAAUGCCACAAAGUACGACAGAUGACCAAAUUAAUGAUAUUAUCAAAAAUAUUCCUGGUUCAAUGCAAUUGGGUGAUGCAACUGUUCCAGGUGAAAAUGAUCCUAUGAAUAUGUCAUAUCAUCAGGAUAUAAAUGAUGGUUCCUUCUCCACGGAUGCGCAUGAUCUGAAUUCGGUGCAUUUGUUGCCGUCAAAGGAGGAGUUGGAUGAUACGACUGAGGAGGAUACAAAAGAGAAUGGUGAUGUGGGUGAUGAGGUAGCAUUGAAGCCCGAAGAGGAUAUGUUCCAGAGUGAACCAGAACGGAGCUUUGAGUUGGAGUCUGAGAAGCCAGAAUCAGAAUUGGAGGCGGCAACGGUGCUGUUGGAUUUUGCUCAGCAGAAACCAGAAAUGGAGGACUUUGUUGUGGUUGAAACAGUGCCUGAGAAUCAAAUUAAUGUAACUGAUUUAGAUUCGGACCUUACAGGGAUUGCCGAUCAGGCCAAAUUGUCAGCUGAAGCGGAUGUAUUUGUGCCCAAUAACAGGGUUGAGACACAGGGGAUUGAUUUGAACUCACUGCCAGAGUCUGAGUCAACGGUUAAGAGUCUCCAAGAUAAUGAUGUUGAAGAUUCUCCAGAAUCUGAUCAAAAUUGUUUUGUGCAGGAGGAAGUUGUAGCAACGCAUGAUGAUUUAAUAGGGACACAGGAAAGUGUUGAGGAGAAGAGUAAAGUGGAAACUCCACCACCAACUCCAGCUGCUACCAAUAAUGGCAUUAUUGAUCUAUCUGAACGUUUGACUAGUCCUGAGCCUCAAAAACUCAUGGAGGCUGUGGAGAAAUUGGCAGAACCUGAGGCUGAGGAGAUGACAAAGACUGAGAAAGAAGUGGAUUCUGUUCUUCCGGCUGUUACAGCUGGAGUAGCAGUUGCUGGAGCUGCAGUAACUGUUGCUGCUGCUACUGCUGCUGCUCCUGCUGCUGCUAAUGAUACACCCAAGGAGGAGCCUGAAGUCAAGAAGAAGGCAGCUACCAAACCUGUGGAGAGUUCGAAAAAAGAAGAACCAAAAGCUAAACCACGCACAACAAAACCUCCAUUGGGAGCUAAAGCAUCACCAACUUCAGCAACUCCCAGGACGACUUUGGCGACAAAAACAACAACAACAGCAGCAGCAGGCAAAGUUUCACCAGUGAAACCACCAUCAACACUCAGCACUCGUCCAAAAUCCAGCCCAGCCGCUUCAGCCACCACAAAGUCACCAGUAACGUCUAAAUCCUCCCCCCUGGCAUCAACCCGUAAACCAUUGACAUCACCUUCAACAGCCACAAAAUCGCCAUUGGCCACAUCUGCUGCUGCCCCCAAGACGACUUUGGCCUCUCGUACUACACCAGCCAAGUCACCCCUGACCAAACCAAAUUCAGCCACAAACACAAGAACAUCCAGUGGUGUGGCCACCUCCAAGACAACCACCACCACUGCUGCCCCUGGAGUGAAGAAGACGACAUCGACAGUGACAACCACAAAGAAUCUGUCAACAAAACCAACUGUUCUGUCGGCACGACCAAAGCAGCCGACAGGUGCUACUUCUGGAUCAAGCUCCAGCACGACCACCACAUUAACGAAAACAACACGCACGACCCUCUCGUCAGCUAAACCGAGAGUACCAAGUGCAACGACCACAACAACCACGACUCGAACGGCAGCCACUGCGGCUAAGGAUAAGGAUGUUGCCAGCAAAACCACCACUAAGACAACUACAUCACGACCAAUGUCGGCUACCACGAAACCACUUGUGCCGAAGCCCACGAUUACAUCGACAUUGCGGAAGACUGCUGAAGCCACUUCUAAGGUCACGACGACCACAGUGAAGAACGGUGUAAAGACGACUACAACGACCACCUCGACUGUUGGUGCAAAAAGGCCGGGAUCUCUUACGUCGCGCACAACAACAGCAACAACAACCAAAAAAACAGCCACAAAGGUGGGUGCUUCGCCGACAGAGAAGAAGCCCGUGUCGGCAGUGACUGAGAUUAAGGCAAUUGAGGUGACGGAGAAAUUGUCAAAUGGUGAUUUGUUGCAUACUGAAAAAAUUGAUGGAAUUGAUGUGGUGAAGAAGGAAGUGGAAUCUCAGAAAAUUCUGGACAAUGCUGCCCAAUUGAUAAUUGACCUCAAGAAUGACUAAGUGCAUUGUUUAUCCUAAUCAAAAAAAAAAAACUUUUCUUGGUCACACAUCUCGCAUAAGAGAGACUUUUGACACUUAAAAAAAAUUUCAUCAUCACUACUUUAUCAUAAAAUAAUAACACAUGAAAAAGAAUGGGCAGAUUGUGUUGAGGAUGAAGAGAAGAAGACGAUAGCUAUGAAGACAAUUGAUUGAUUGUGGAUAAUGUUGAAGGUAAAUAAUUAGAUAUUUUUUUGUCCCUUUUAUGUGAAAUAAUCAAAUUUAGUGCAGAAAACAAAAACUGAAAUAAUUUUGAAAAGAAAAAGAGAGAUAUUUUGGGUAACAACGACGGUUUUUUUUUUAUCCUAAAAAAAAAUAUUUUGAUCAUUAUUUGUGUUUAUAUUACAUCGUCGUGAAAGACGAUUUAUUGUUUUUCUUUUUAAUUAUUUCUUUUUCUAUAGGAUCCAUUUUGAAAUUUUUUUUUGCUUUGCACAUUUUAUUCAAAUGUUUUAUAUUUUUUUAUUUGUGCCCUUGCGAAAAAGAAAAUUAAAUAGGGUGAAAUAAUAAUAUGUUUUAUCCAAACAACUAGUAAUCUGAUAAUGAAUACAUGAAAAUAUUAAUCUGAUUAAUCUAUUGCAAUACUAAUAAUUCAAUAUUGAUAAUUAACAUAAUGGCGAGACAUGGUAAAUUAAAUAAAGGAUAUGAUGAUUAUUGGGAAUGAAGAAAUGUCUUAAAGUGUAAUUAAAUUGAUUUAAAAAAGAAUUCAAAAGGAAUGGAAAUAACUGAUAUGAAAGUAGUGAUUAAAUGUGCUUAUCGUAAAAAGAAAAUCGGAAAUAUAAGAUGAUGGAAUUAACGAAAGAUUUCGUGUGAAAGAGAGUUUAAAUGGAUCACAGAUUAUGCACUUAAAAAAAAAACAGCGUAAUUUCUCAAAAAAAAAGUAAACUUAUAAUAACUAUUUAAAUUAAACAUAAACUAUAGAGACGAAAAUCAAUGAUAAAGAUAAAUAACUGUUGUCUUGGUAGAAGCUUGAUAGAAGAAGAAAAAAAAAAGAAAUUUCAUUUUUAAAAUGAAGAAAAUUAGCUUCAUUGGAUUUGGGAAGAAAAAGCGCCAACUGAACAAAACAGUUCAGUGCAAAAUAAUUGAGUCAGAUCAAAUUUAAUGUUUCGAGUUGCCUGUUAAAUGUUGCUUUGCCUUAUUACAGUUUUUACUAUGUAUUUUUAAAAUAACAGUAAAUAACAAUUUUAAAGGAUAACUGAAAUAUUAACAAGAGUAUCAUAAUGAAAAUUAGAAUUCGUGCAAAAAGAAAAAUAUAAAUUUAAAAAAAAAAUAGUGCGAAUCAACUAAAAAAAAAUCGAUAAUUUUUUUCCUUCUUCGAUAUUUGACUUACGAAAUUUAUGAGUAUUAUAGGAAUCUUCAUUUCUUUAUUUUAUUUUUUUUUUUGUAAUAUUCUGAAUACAAAGACUUAUGUUAAUUUGUUUAAUUUUUCCUUCAAUCUUUGUCGUAGUGUUGAAAAAUUGCAAGAAAAAAAUUUGUGAAAAUUUAUCCUGUUUCUUUUGUGUGAAGAGAACAAAAAUCACAAGAAAUUUACUAUAAUAGUGAGAUUGCACUAUAAAAAAAAAGCUAUGGCUUUUGUUUUCUAUUUACGUUCGGUUUUAUUUAUAAAUUGAUAAUUUUCUGUUACUGAAUGAUUUUUUUUCCCUAAAUUGUCAUUCAACAAGAAAAAAAAGAAAAUUGAUGAUUUUAUUAGACUUAUAUAAAAUAACAACAACAAAAAAUCAACCGCUAAGAAAUCAGCACGUUUUUUGAAUAAAUGCGAAUCAGCCAGAAAAUUUUUAUAUUUCAAGAUGAAAAAAAAAAGAAUUGCAAGAACAAAACGUAUGACAUAAGAUUUUUCUAGAUUGUAAAGCAUUUCUUACAUAUAUUAUUUUGAUAUAAAAUAUAUUUAUAAAUUUUAUGGAGGACACAA